ACAUUCUGAAUGGGUUUUGUAUUAGGUCAGCUACAGUGUUGCUGUCACACUAGAGUUUUGUUUUUACAACACUGCAACAUUUACACAAAGCUGCUGAGGUUGCAGACUUUCAGGCUUUGUAGCUUUGCCUCAUGCCAAAUGACUGACAAUGAAUAGCAUUUUUUGAAUUUGAGUGUUUGUAUUGUUCAAAUUUGGUUAUCAAAAAGGACAUCUAAAGUUGUUAAACCAUAAUAACACUGAAACUUAUAUUAGUUUGAAAGUAAUGCAAUCAUUUGGGUGUCUGAAAUGAAUGAAAGUAUUUUUGAGUGAAACGAUCCAUGGCGAGUGCUGAAGCAACCCAACAAAAUGAAAACAUUUCAUGUGCCUUUACAGUUGUAGUUUGGGAUUUAUCUCAGGGUGUAAAUAACUGCUUUCGUGGUAACAUUUGCUCAUUGUGAAACGGCUUUGUCUCACCCGUCUAAUGAAUUCACAACCUGAUUUAAUAAUGGACACUUUUGUCCAGCCUGACGCUUGUGUCGGGGCAGAUAAGAGACUACGUUAAAGGCCUUUGAGUCGUGGCGCAUCAAUGACGAGUGUAACUGAUCUUUUAUUUGCCACUUUGCUUUGAAGGCAAGGUGGUUCUGCCGAUCAGUGGAAAACCUGAUGUCUUUGAGCUUGGACUUGUGAUCUGACACUUUCACAGUCUGUCCAGUCAGAUGCACACUGGUCUUUACAUCUUACUUAACCCGUCGCCAUUCCCUCCCACUCCCAUGCAUUUGCAUGGUAACCCUUUGCCAGGCCAGCUGCCCCUUUAUUUUCUUCUCACUGAAUUCUAAUCAUUACUUUCAAAGGAGACUGUCUUUAAAGUACCUUGAUCAAGUGAGCAUUGGAGGAAGCACUCACUCCCUCACCUCUUCUUAACACUUUGAUUCUGGAGCACUUCCAAUCGUGAACCCUCCACUACUCUGCAGCAAAAUAACACCAACGAGAUACCAUGAGGUUGAUUCUGGUUAAACCCACUAAUGCAACCCGGCGCCUCGACACAACAGGUCAAGCGUUCUGCGAUGAUGACCGUGAUGGUUGCACCUCAAGAGGCCUGUCACACCAGGCCAAAAAUUCUGAGGGGAAACACGAACAAUACUCGGAAACACUCAUGGAAGUAACUUCACCGACACAGGAUACAAGUCUCUGUUGUGCUCCUUCACUGCCACACGAAACUUCCAAUGGAGUCAUUCCAUCCCCCAAAAUUUCUGCUCAGAUGUCACAGCUGCAAUCUGAAAACAUUACCAUAUCACAGCUAAGGAAUCAAGACUGGAUGCUUCUUUGUGGCCAAGUUAGCGGUGAAGGAGCGGCGUCAUCCUCAUCCCAAAGACCAGCCACUGGUAUGGGAUAUCCCAACCACAAUGACACAUGUGCUUGUUCCUGUCCUGAUGCACAGAAGCAGCAUUCAGAAGCGUCUAGCUUUCAACCGCAGUCAAAUCACACUUCAUUUCAAGGUUGUCUCUUGCACAAAAUAAGCCUUUCAUCCUCACCUCACUCACACUUUUUCUCUCCAAGCACCCAACUUUCUGAUGAUUGCCACGUUUUUCCACACGAAACAAACCAAAGGGACUUCUUGAAACCUGCAAAUAAGCAUUCACAUGGUGGUUUCAGGCCUCAGUGCAGCAACCAACAAGCACAAAAGACUCUUUCACAACAACAACAACAACAAACUUGUAAUCAUUUCAAAGAUACCAAUUCAAAUUUCAACAUCCCUCUGUACGACAACAAAUGUCCUGAGAAAAAAGGGAAACUUAUCCAACAUUCUCAGUCUGCCGUGAGUGGCGAGCCCCACAGGAGAGAAAUGUUUCAAGAUCGUGAAAAGCAACACGCACGUUACUCUGUCAGCGGUGGCGAAACCUGGAAGCUCCGCAGAGAUCCUCCCAUCAUCCUCAAGUGUCGCCAUCUCUCAUCCAACCAUGUGACCAAGACAGCCCGCAUCAAGAGGUCCUCUACACCAGCCACUAACCACAGUGUGCAGUCCUUUUCCACCAGUCAGUAUAGCUCACUUGACCAUCAAGAACUAGUAGGGGAGGCAACAAGAACAAGAUAUAGUCAGAUAAAUGCUCAGCAUCUCAGUGGAUCCAAACUCUCUCCUCCAAAACAUGCUGCUCCCUCCAAAGUCACAGGAAGUGGUGUCCUUGGCAACGGUGAUGCUGUGGGAUCACUGGCCAGCCAUGACACGAUGAGAUCCAGUUUGACAGAACUCCAGUCAAGCCAGCAGCUUCUUCACAGCACUCUCCUGGAGGAUGCCUUCUCCAAAGUUAUCAGAGAGGAUUCAAGUAAGGCCUAUUGUGACACCACCACCAGGGAGGAAGGUAGCGUACCGCACAAAAAGGACAUCAGCUUCCGACUGGGUCAGCGCAGAGCUCUUUUUGGGAAGCGUAAACAGCUGAGUGACUAUGCUUUAGUCUGUGGGAUGUUUGGCAUUGUUGUCAUGGUGAUUGAGACUGAGUUGUCGAGAGGAUUUUACAGCAAGGAGUCCAUAUAUUCAUAUGUACUAAAAGGCCUUAUCAGCGUUUCUACUGCUAUUUUACUUGGUCUUAUUCUCAUGUAUCAUGCAAGGGAAAUCCAGCUCUUCAUGGUGGACAAUGGUGCAGAUGACUGGAGGAUCGCCAUGACCUUUGAGCGAGUUCUCUUCAUUAUGUUGGAGCUCCUCGUGUGUGCCAUCCAUCCCAUCCCGGGCCAAUAUGUGUUUAGCUGGACCGCUCGACUGGCCUUCAACUACACUGCAUUGGUAGCGGAUGCGGAUGUCGACAUCAUCCUGUCCGUGCCCAUGUUUCUGCGCCUCUACCUGAUUGGCCGGGUCAUGCUACUCCACAGCAAACUCUUCACAGACGCUUCGUCUCGUAGCAUCGGGGCACUCAACAAGAUCAGCUUUGACACUCGUUUUGUCAUGAAGACUCUGAUGACCAUCUGCCCUGGUACUGUUCUACUGGUGUUCAGCGUAUCCUGUUGGAUCAUCGCAGCAUGGACUGUGCGCAUAUGUGAGAGGUAUCACGAUGCACAGGAGGUGACCAGCACCUUUCUAGGAGCAAUGUGGCUGAUCUCCAUUACCUUUCUGUCCAUUGGCUAUGGUGACAUGGUGCCUCACACUUACUGUGGAAAAGGAGUGUGCCUCUUAACAGGAAUCAUGGGAGCAGGCUGUACAGCUUUGGUGGUCGCUGUGGUUGCAAGGAAGUCAGAACUCACCAGAGCUGAGAAGCACGUACAUAACUUCAUGAUGGAUACUCAGCUCUAUAAAAAGGUUAAAAACACAGCAGCCAAUGUGUUGAGAGAGACAUGGCUGAUUUACAAACACACCAAGCUGGUGAAGAAAGUUGAUCGCACAACAGUCCGCCACCAUCAGCGUAAAUUCCUGCAAGCUAUCCACCAACUGCGAAAAGUUAAAAUGGAACAAAGGAAACUAACUGACCAGGCCAACACCAUUGCUGACCUUGCAAAGACUCAGAACAUGAUGUAUGAUCUGGUGUCGGACCUGCAGCAUCGAAGUGAGGAGCUGGACAAGAGGAUUUUGGCCCUUGAGGACAAACUGGACUUGAUGCUUCUCAACGUGCACUCGCUGCCUGACAUGCUCUCGCAAGCAAUAACAAAGAUACAAAAAGAUUUUCUAGAUGACUUGGCCUGCCAUGUCCAUUUCCUGUCGUCCUCCCUGAGCUCUGAGUGCUGCUCUGUUCCCGCCAGACCGCUCUGUCAAGGCCCCACCUCAUCACAGACGCCAUACGGCUAAUUGACCUUACCCUUUGGAACUAAAACAUGCAGAAGGACUACUUAAUUCAGAGAACUUUACAACAGGAUACGCAUUUUGACCUCUUUUGAGUUCCAGUUAUACCUUCAAGUUUCCCAAUCAUCCUAAAUCCAGAACCUGUAAAUUGACAAAAGGUUAUUUAAAUGUGCAUUUAUUCCUUUUUUACCAGAAGCCCAAGAUGAGAAAUUUGUACAUCCAUUACCCUGCAUACAUGCAGUCCUUAACAUAAAUGAAUAUAACUCCUUUGAAAAGUAAUCUUCUUAUACAUUUUUCAGUGAACAAAAGAAUAAUUUUCAUAAUUUGAUGAUCAUAAGACUCACCUAGGAUUUUGUUAUCUAAAAUAGGGGUAGUUUUUGCAAUAUUAAUUUAAUUUGUUAGGAACAUUUGUUGUUUUGUGUGUCAAGAUUGACAAAUCUCACUUGCAAUCAAUGGUCCACAUUUGUGGGAGUAUUUUAUAGUGUAGUCUGCCACAGAAAAUAUGGAUUCUGAAUGUAAAUUCAAGGUUUUCUUACAAAUAUUGUAGUGUACUCAAUUAUGCUGAGCACUGUACUGUAUUCAAAUACUUACUACAGUGAUGGCUUCAGAAACAUUGUGCUUAUCCAUUUUGAUGGGUAAAUUGCCUUAAUGCACUACAAUCGGGCACCUCAAAGCAGAUUGCUGUGCUCCAAAGUAAUCAUUUUCACUUAGCUGAUUGGUUAGCACGUCUGCCUCUCAGUUCUGAGGUUCAGGGGUCUGAAUCUCAGCUCUGAGCUUCUUCUGUGGUGUUUGCAAGCUCUCCCUGUGCUUGUGUGGUUUUUCACUUGGUAUUCCAGCUAUGUUAGUGUUGCUAGUGCAAAAGGAGCCAGUGCCGUCUGGGUGUCUUAAAGUCAAGAGGUCUUGAGCUCGAAUCCCAGCUCAGGGCCUCCUUCAUUGGCGUGCAUGUUCUCCCCAUGCUUGCAUGGGUUUGCUACGGCUACUCCGGCUUCCUCCCGUAUUUCAAAAACAUGCAAGUUAUUAGGGAUAUUGGAUACUCGAAAUUGCUCAUAAAAGUGAAUGUGGGUGUGCUUGUUUGUCAAUAUGUGCCCUGUGAUUGGCUGGCAACCAGUCAACAGUGUAUCGUGCCACUUGCCCAGUCAGCUUGGAUAAGCUUCAGCUCGUCCGCGACCCUAUGACGACAAGCGGUGUAGAAAAUGGAUGGAAGAUCUUCCAAUAGAAAAGAUUCCAAAAGUUAGGCUCAGGCUAGUCUGUCCUAACUAAGCCUUGUUGCAUGAACUGAUGUUGCCUACUCGGUCGGAUGAGGCAAAACGUCUUCUAGACAACCGGAACAAUCCAGUUGCGAUCGAUUCAAUGUCCUAAGAAUAAAAUGACCUGGAUGAAUGAGAAUAUUCACAAGCAUUCCAAAAGUUAGGUAAACCAUUUUAUUCAGCUUUCUAGCUUUUUUUUUUUAGUCAUCAUUGUCUGUAUUUACAACUGCAAUAUUUUAUUAUGUAAAAUGAAAGAUGAAACUUGAAUAAAGUGUACUAAGUUUUAGUUAGUAACCUUGUAUUUUAAC